AUGAGUCAGAGUCGUGAUUCCGGUAUAGAGCACGAGCGGGAGGCCGAGCUUAUUCAGCGGUUUAAGCGACCAAGUGAAGGCAGACGGGGCUCUGUGAAGGGCAAAGAUCACCUUCGAACAGCCCCCCGUCCAGGCGAUCUCAAUCUCCCUCCACGGACGCCCGUUCAGGCUUUUGAUGAUACCCGCCGCUUGCAUUCCACAACAUCGCUUAGUUCCCUGCCUGUAUGUAAUCCUGCACUAGCCAAUCUUACGUCAGGGCGCGCAAGGAGUGACAGUCUUGGCUUGCAAACCACUACAUCUAUAGGUAGAAAUCUAUUGAUUGAUACCAUACAACCUUCUCUUUUACCCAAAGAAAUAGCCAUAGCUGUAGUUGGUUCAUCCGGUUGUGGCAAAUCAACAUUCAUCUCGGAGGACGCUAAAGCACACGGGGCACCGGACAUUGAGGCACUGUUCGCGUCGCCUAAUACACGCCGCGUUGACCGCGUUGACUGGGCGAUACCUCGCGAUUUCCCCAUGGUUAUCUAUGAGUUAGACAUUGCGAAGGUCCUGCACGGAAACCUUCCACCUAUCAAUGGAGUUGUUGUGUGUUAUGAUACUGCCGACAAGGCUUCAUUUUCUCUUGUGGAAGAUUUCCUCCGGUGGAUACGACCGUUGAAGCUUUCGACCAUAGCGGUAGCCUUGAAGACAGACUUGAAUGCUGUUGUCGAUCCGCUGGAGUCUUCCAACCUGUUGAAAACCUAUGAUAUCGGUUUGGUACAGGUUGAUCACUUGGGAGACGCAGGGAGGGCUAGGGUAAAGAAAGCGUUCAAUUGGUUGACGAUAUCUAUCUUGCCAGGUCCUCAUGCUGAUCUACGAAAUCCUGCAUCACCAGAUGCUCUCAACUCACCGAUUACUUGGGAAGCCCGAGCAUCAACAUCAUCAGCCACACCCACUGUCUCUUCUUCCACAGCUUCAACGCACACCAUGUCCCAAGACCAGGGUAGCUCGUUGCGACACUCGCCCACUUCUACAAUCCCAUCAUCUCCGCCGCCAAUCGCCAUUUCUCCAACGCGUGCCCGGUCAACACCGGAUCUCCUCUCGGCACAUGAGAUGUCUAAAUCACGGGAGUCGCCCGAGCGAAAGUUAUCGAAUGCUCGCAGUGUCGCAAGCUUCGUUGGGUCGUCAAGCCUAAAUUCGUCAUCGUUCAAGUCUUUUGUUGGGACAGAUGCUCCCUUGAAUGUAACUGAGAACGGCCAUCUUGAUCGCCCUGUGAACAAGGAGAAGGAACCUCGCUCAGGACAGUAUGCAACCCUGGAGGAGUUGCUCGAUAAAUUACUAUUCCUUGCUGUCAGCGGUGAUGACCCGACGUUUAUCUCGCAUUUCCUUCUUACAUAUCGAAGAUUUGCAAGUCCUCGCAGUAUUUUGUUGGCUAUGCAGAAGCGAAUGCGACAACUCGACACUUCGACUGGCGAUCCGAUGUUUGCGAGUUACGCGCAGAUGAGGAUAUGUCACCUACUUGAAACCUGGAUCCAGACUUAUCCACAAGACUUCGCCGUUCCGGGGGCCCCUGGCGCCUUACACGCCCUGGUCAGAUCGAUUGUCGGGAAGACAUACCUCCUCCAUUACGGGUCUGAUUUUCUCCCUUUCCUUUCACAUCUUCAGAACAUCACAGACACGGAUGCGGCUUGGGCGCUAAAGUCCGAAAAUCCUGUGGACGAGAGUGAGGACCCAUACAGCAUAUCAGACGGAGAGGAGGAAAUACUGGCUGUUGAGACUGAAUCACCCUCUACGAGCCGUUCGUCGGUCGCUCCCUCGAACGAUAACCUCCCUAGUGCAUCGAGCGUCAGAGAACGCAAGUCAAGCUUGCCGCUCAGCGCGAAUAUAUUUAUACCGGUAAAUUCGAGUCACAACCAAGGAGAUGCUUCAGAUAUAUCUCCAAAGGACCUCCUGAGCAAGCUAAGGAGUCAUGCCCAGACUCUGGCUGGAUUCGAAUGCUCAGAGAUUGCGGAGGAGAUCACGCGAGUAGAAGCGAAGUUAUUCAUGGAUAUCGAGCCACGGCACUGGUUGCAAUAUACCCUCAUUCCCGGACGCAAAGACCCUGAGUUGGACUCAAUAUCUCGAUUCAAUGCUAUCUCCAAUCACCUUGCCGAUUGGGUAGUAUCCCUCAUACUAUGUCAUGACAAACCGAGGAACCGCGCAAGGCAGAUAGAGCGAUUCGUGGAUAUUGCGCACGAGCUCCGCGCGUUGAACAAUUACUCAGCGCUGCGUGCCUUUGUCGCUGGAAUCAACAACUCUACUUUCCAGGGCGAUGAAACCAUGGAGAUUUUCAAAAACAAGACUCCGGAUCACUACAAGAACCUGCUGUCUUGGGAUGUUCUUCUUCAACAUCGCGGAGCUCAUCAGGCUUAUCGUAUGGCGCUCAAAAACACCAAAGGCGCUUGUAUACCAGCGCUGGAGGUCCAUAUGUCCGACCUGAUCCGUGCCCACGAAGGAAACCCCAAUGUCAAUCCGGAUGAUCCUGCAAAAAUCCAUUGGGGAAAAUUUAAUAUGUUUGGUCGGUUCAUUCAAACCACCACCCACUGCCAGAUCCAGUGCCAAACAAAUCCGGAUUACUGCUUACCGUCACGAGAUCGAAUAUUGAAGGUCGUAUUUAACGAGUUCGUCAUGUCGGAAGAUAUGCAAACAUCUCGAAUGGCGCCUCUCCCAGACUCGGAUUUGGUUGAAGAACCCUUCCGCUCCUCGCUGCCCCGAACAAUGUCACGCGAACAUUCAACAUCCUCCCAGAGAGACGCAACAAUUCUUCGCAGAAUACUACUGCAACGGUGA